AUGCAUAAGUUUUCCAUUGCAUCAUUUGGACGAGAGCCAACAGGUCUUAGCUUAGCAAGGUCUUUGAAAGCAGAUUUCCAUGUUCUUGAGGAUGAAGAAAGAGACGAAUAUUCAGAGGCCAGCUUAGCCAAACUGGCUACGAUCUUUCCCACAAUGGAACUGAAUAUUUUGCGAAAAACGGUUAAAAUAAGAAAACGAUAUGUGCCAAUGUUUUCUGAAGCAGAUAAAAGUUUGAAAAGAAUCUCAACCAACAACGAUGAAUGCCUAGUCCUCAACCAUGGAUAUAGUCUCAACACUGACUUAUUUGUCGAUUUUAACAGGGAUAAAACCUUACGUCUUCUAGAGUUCUCACAGGAAUUCAAAAACUAUGCUCAGGAUUUACUAGACGAAAUGAAAUCAAAAUUAGGCCCUGCUGCACUUUGUAUACAUUUGGGAAGUGGAGCACUUACUCGGGCAAAGAAUCGAACCGAAUUAGAGAUAGAAAUUUCAAAGGCUGCUGCUGUGCUUACAAUGGAAAAGAAUUUCUUCGAUCUCUACAUUUUCUCUGACCAGAACUUCCCUCCGAAACUUAUUACUUCCUUACGAUCCAGAUUUGGUUGGCAUAUGAAUGUGCAUGUGGCAGAUUUUUCCCAAAUGCUGGAUUUAUAUGUUGCAUCUCGAGUUUGUGGGGCAGCGCUACUGACAGAUACUUUGUCUAUGCAUGGAUGGUUCCUUGGAUAUCUGACACAAAUACAAGAGAAUGUGUACUACGUAGCAAAGGAGGAUGAAGCAGUUUUGGGACAAAUAAUGUUGUGA